GUCAUGAACGGACUUUUCCUGUGAAGAGAGGCGGCGGCAUUGACAGGGUGCAACUGCCACACAUACACUGGAAGUGACCGCGGCUGCUGGCGGUGGGCGACUUCGCUUUGUUCCUCGGCUUGUUAACCAGGCCCGGCUCUCUCUUCACGGCAGAGUUCAGAAUUGCACUACCAUGUCCACGGUGGCUUCUCUGCUGUAAGCACACGAAGGUUAUGCUGCCCAAAAGCUGUCUGAGUCCCAGUGAGAAAGAGAAGGGCUAAAGCCGCACCGAUCCAAACCAGCUUUCCAGAGCCUCUCCAGCAGCGACUCCACUGCGGAGCCAUGAGCAACCCCAGCGCUCCCAAACAGAUUACAGAUGCCGUGGCAUCGGUUAUUCACAGUCCAGAGGCCCCUGCCUCACUACACGGGACUUUGCGCCCUGAAGAUGAAGAUGAUGGGGACCUGAACAAAGCCUUGGGCGUCCAGCGCUUCCAGCAGAUCCUCAGCCCUGCUGCUGCAGUACCUGAUGAACAGCACCACACCUACCAUGAGGAGGACAUUGAAUACCACCGUCACUCCUCUCACCACAUCCACCGACCUCUGUCGAAACUGCCCCCCGAGGGACGCAGGAAGAAGAGCAGCAAGAAGAGGAGACGGGAUAAGGAUCACAAAAGCAGCCAUGCUCCCAGCAGCGGCCCCAUCGAGGAGGGAGAGGAUGAGGAGGAGGAGGAAGAGGAGGAGGGGACGGAGACAACCUCUGCUCCAGCUGAGUCUGAGAGAGUCAAAGAUGUGGAGUUCUUUGUUUCGGAUGAAGACCACGAGGCCAGAGAGCGUCCUCACUCAGCCCGUGAGCUGGACAUCGUGCCGCAAUCUGGGGAGGGAGCAGAUUCUGAAGAUGCAAGUUCCUCAGAUAAGCUGACCUCACCUGACGCCCCCAGCCCCACUCCUCAGUCAGUGCCAGCUGAACACAUACCACUGGCCCGGGUGUCCUCCGCCAGCCGCAGCUACGACCUGCAGGAGCGCCGGCGCACAGGCAACAUGACGGGUGCUGAGCAGGCCAAGUACCAGCGCAUCCCUACUGACGAGAGCGAGGCUCAGACGCUGGCCUCCGCAGACCUGGACGGCAUCAAGAGUCAUCGCUUCGAAGAUGUUCCUGGCGUGCGCAGACACCUGGUCAGAAAGAGCACCAAGGGACAAGUGGUGCACACUGGCAAGGACCACAAAGAGCCGACCACGCGCAGCCGAAAGCAGGACCGAACCCCGCAUGAGCCGUCAUCGGUAGUUCUGUACCGCUCCGCCUCGCGGCUAGAAGGCGUCCUGCUGGACGUGGACUUCAGUCAAAUGGCUCAGUACCAGAAGGUGUUUGUGGAGCUGAAUGAGCUGACUAUGGACAAGAACCAGGAGAUGCAGUGGAAGGAGACAGCUCGAUGGAUCAAGUUUGAGGAGGACGUGGAGGAGGAGACCGACCGCUGGGGGAAACCUCAUGUGGCCUCGCUGUCUUUCCGCAGUUUGCUGGAGCUUCGAAAGACCAUCUCACACGGUGCAGUGCUGCUGGACCUGGACCAGAAGACCCUGCCCGGCAUCGCCCACCAGGUGGUUGAGCAGAUGAUCAUUUCUGACCAGAUCAAGGCUGAGGACCGAGCCAACGUCCUGAGAGCCCUGCUGCUGAAACACAGUCACCCGAGCGAUGAGAAGGAGCACAGUAGCCCUUUUCCCAGGAACAUCUCCGCAGCCAGCCUGGGCAGUCUGAUAACGCAUCACCACAGUGCCAAUCACACCCAUCAGCCAGAACCAUCGGUGACCGACCCACUCAUGGGCACCGCCCACGCCACGGGGGAGACCGACACGCGCAUCGACAUGGAGAAGAAUGAGGUACAGCAGAAGGAGCCGACCUUGGCGCCCGGCAUGCAUCGAUCCAAAUCCAAACAUGAGCUGAAGCUGCUGGAGAAGAUUCCCGAAAAUGCUGAGGCCACUGUUGUCCUUGUGGGCAGCGUGGACUUCCUGGAGCAGCCCACCAUGGCGUUCGUGCGGCUGCAGGAGGCGGUGGAGCUGGAGUCCGUCCUCGAGGUCCCCGUGCCAGUCAGGUUUCUCUUCGUUCUGCUGGGACCGCCCACCACCAGCAUGGACUAUCACCAGAUAGGACGCUCCAUCUCCACACUCAUGUCUGACAAGCAAUUCCACGAGGCAGCCUACCUGGCAGACGACAGGCAGGACCUGCUGAACGCCAUCAACAGCUUCCUGGACUGCAGCAUCGUGCUGCCGCCUUCAGAGAUGGGAGGCGAUGAGCUGUUGCGCUCGGUCGCUCGCUUUCAGAGGGAGAUGCUGCGUAAGCGAGAGGAGCAGGAGGUCAAGCUGUUGGCCAAGGAGCCUAAAAGCCUUGAAGAAAAAGAGGCCCUCCUCACACCCUCGAAAAAGUCAGACGACCCUUUACAGCGCACCGGACGACCCUUCGGUGGGCUGAUACGAGACGUGCGGCGCCGUUACCCAAAGUACAUCAGUGACUUCAAGGACGCCCUGAACAGUCAGUGCAUGGCUGCUGUUAUCUUUAUCUACUUUGCUGCCCUCUCGCCAGCCAUUACAUUCGGAGGCCUACUGGGAGAGAAGACGGAAGGUCUGAUUGGUGUUUCCGAGCUGAUCGUGUCGACAGCAGUGCAGGGUGUGAUCUUCUGCUUGCUCGGUGCGCAGCCGCUACUCGUUGUGGGCUUCUCCGGACCCCUGCUGGUCUUUGAAGAAGCCUUUUACAGUUUCUGCAAAGCGAAUGAAAUGGAGUACCUGACGGGCCGCGUCUGGAUCGGGUUCUGGCUCAUCAUCAUCGUGAUCAUCACGGUGGCCUUCGAGGGGAGCUUCCUGGUCCGCUUCGUCUCCCGCUUCACCCAGGAGAUCUUCUCUUUCCUCAUCUCCCUCAUCUUCAUCUGCGAGACCUUCAUCAAGCUUGGCAGGAUUUUCAAGGAGCACCCGCUGAAACGUUGCUCCCUGGACAACAGCACAGGAGGGGACACCUCGACAGAAAACAUCACACUCAUGCUGAGCAACAGCACCCAGCCCGUGACGGUGUCGGUCCGAGGCGAGCCCAACACCGCGCUGCUCUCUCUGGUUCUCAUGGCCGGAACAUUUUUCAUCGCUUUCUACCUGCGCAAGUUCAAGAACAGUGCAUUCUUCCCCGGAAGGUUUCGCAGGAUUAUUGGAGAUUUCGGUGUGCCAAUUGCAAUCCUCAUCAUGGUCCUGGUGGAUUACUGCAUAAAUGACACAUACACACAGAAACUGAGUGUUCCUCGAGGUUUCUCUGUGACGAGUCCCUCCAAACGUGGCUGGAUCAUCAGUCCUCUGGGUACAAAUGGCGAAUUCCCCAUCUGGAUGAUGUUUGCCUGCUGUUUGCCCGCUCUGCUGGUUUUUAUCCUGAUCUUCAUGGAGACUCAGAUCACCACCCUGAUAGUGAGUAAGAAGGAGCGGAUGCUGGUGAAGGGUUCUGGUUUCCAUCUGGACCUGCUGCUGAUCGUGGUGCUGGGCGGCAGCUCGGCUCUGUUCGGCCUGCCGUGGAUGGCCGCCGCGACCGUCCGCUCAGUGACCCAUGUCAACGCCCUGACCGUCAUGAGUAAGGCCGUCGCCCCCGGAGACAAGCCUCGCAUCCAGGAGGUGAAGGAGCAGAGGGUGACCGGGCUCCUGGUGGCCAUCAUGGUUGGUAUGUCCAUUGUGAUAGGCGACCUGCUGCGUCAGAUCCCCCUUGCGGUGCUGUUUGGUAUCUUCCUCUACAUGGGUGUGAUGUCCCUCAAUGGCAUCCAGCUAACAGAGCGGAUGAUGCUGCUGCUCAUGCCACCAAAGUAUCACCCUGACCACACCUACGUGCGCAAGGUCCGUACCCUGCGCAUGCAUCUGUUCACCUGCAUCCAGCUGGUGUGUAUUGGGGUUCUGUGGGCUGUCAUGUCGACCCAGGCGUCGCUGGCUUUCCCCUUCGUCCUCAUCCUCACUGUCCCGGUCAAGAUGUUCCUGCUGCGCCGCAUCUUCACCGUCAGAGAGAUUGCAUGCCUGGAUGCGGACGACGCAGAGCCGAAGUUUGACGAACGCGACUGUCACGAUGAGUACUCUGAGAUGCACAUGCCUGUGUAACCCCGCAGCGAGCCCUCGUAUCACCGCUUAACGCUUCUUAGUGGACACCAAAAUCUGUCAACCGCUCUACCGACCAAUGAGUCCUUCAAACCUGAAACACUCACCAUUUGAUGCCACGUCACUGUGCACCGCCGGCCCUCUUCGCUAGCGCUGAGACAUGAACGUGCAGUAUGUCGGAGGUCUGGUGGCUUGUUGCUGUGGUCAAACUUUUUGAGUUGCUUCGUGUCAGAUUGUUGGCAGGCGAGUGAAAUCCAUCUGAGGAGAUCAAACAGAGCUUGUGUUCACUCAGAAUAUAGUUUUUUUAAAAUACAUAUUUCAGGGGACAAGAGAUUCCAAAUCGAAUGACGUGAUAUCGAGCUCAAAAUGAAAUGCGAUUACAGUAGCUGAUAGAUUUGCAAAACUGAUUAAUUUUUAGCCCUGAAAGGUUGCUCUGAUUCACAUUGAAUAUGUGGAGGAUAUAUGGGACUUAUUCUUUUAUAUUAACAUGCUGAGUUAUUGCUGUUUAAGUUUGUCGCAUUUUUUUCAUGUUUUAAGCUCACCAAGCGCCUUAUGAAGGAAAUAAAACAGUAUACUGAGAGGUGUUUUUUUUUCCCUCAUUCUGUCUUAUUUUAGACAGCUGAUCACUUUACCCGCCUCCUGAUGCUCGUAGCACUUUUUUUAAGACACCAAAUCUGAACAAUGACUGUAUUUUAUGUAAUUCUCCUUAGCGUCCUCUUUAAUCACAUGAAUAUCAGUGUUGCUUAGGUUGCUUCUUCAAUGACUACCUGUGAUUGAUUUUUAGCCUGUCCUUCGCUAAUCAUACUUUUUUUCUUGUUCUGAAAUGCAGCAGUUUAGAUGAUAGAAGUGGAACUUUGUAUGUGCAGUGAAUUAAAAUCACCAGACAGAGAGGGAGCCUGUGGGAGACCUUGCAGAACUGUGAUGAUGGCGCACCAAAAAAACCCCCAAAAAAACAGUACAUAAAAAUGCAAUUUCUCAUUACACUAAUGCCAUGACAAUGUGUUUGUCAUCAUAACACAUUUUUUAGUAGAACAUUAACACAGUGGCAUAAGAAAUAUACUCUAAAUGUCUCCACGCACAUGUGUAGGGCACUAAUGUACUAAUGAAGACUUUGUUUUGGGGUCUCACUUGGUGUGGUUGAUUAAUGGGAAUCACUAUAAUGUAAUUUCUUUGUCCAAGUGCCAAAUGUCUCGUGUAAAUAGUUUUCUAAUCAGAACAAUAAGCUGCAGUCCAGCCAUCUCACAUCUCCUAAUGUUGUCGUUAGCCGAAAUUAACAAAACGUCACAGUAUAACAUUCCUUGUUUGUUUGGUUUUUUUUUUUUUUUUUGACAUUGUCCAAUUGUUGAAACAUUUCACUCACGCUCAUGGGAACUUGGUCGACCAAAUUUCCACACAAGCCGUGUAGACAAUCUCAAUAUUCAUGCAUUACUGAGAGGGAAGGAUUUUAAAAAUAUAUGUGUGUAUUUUGUUUUGUGUCAUGUUGUAUCAGUGUGACAUGGAUUGGUUAAAGCUUUGACUGUGUCAAAUAACUAAAAUUUUCGGUCAUCUGUUACUCUCAUCGUGUGUGUUUCAGACACUAGUUUUCCCUCUGAACUGGCCCAUCUCAGCCUGACUGUCGUUGUGAUCUUGUGCCUGUUUGGUGUCACGACGGUGCACAAAAUCUCAAGUGCCUGCGGGACCAUGAAAUGAUCAGCUACAGGUGUCUGUCGUGUUUGUGAGGAUGACACACGCGUCGUAGUAGUUUGCACUUUCGAGACACUCAUAAAUCAAACAUCUCUCCGUUAUUUAUCUGUUGCAAUAUGAGGCAUUAUUGCUGUUUUUGAAGAUUUGUUUGGAGUCUGUCACAGAACCUUGGAUGUGGACAUUGAAGGGGAUUUUAAUGAGAAGUAGGCAGUGGAGUACAGUGUCAGUUUUGUGUUUGCUUUUUGUGCCUGUGGAUGGAGUGAACGUAAUCUGUGUAUGCCAAAGUAUCUGUCAAAGUCGUGAAACGCUGAUACGAUAUGUUGUUCCAUUUCAAAAGCAAUAAAUAUGUCUGAAAGGCUAUUGCUGAUGUUCCCUGAUGAACAUUGAUGGUUGAAAUAUUGAUGACAAAUAAAAAGUUAUUUUCUAUUUA